AUCGAUUUCACUCCCUCUCCAUGCGCUAAAUCCAUGAGACAUUUGAAAAAAAUCUAACUCUGCCUCCGCAUCCAAAACACGAUCCCCAUCCUUCGCUCUUGUUGAAUUUUCCGGUGAAAUCCAACCUCUUCCCUUCAAGAUGGCUACCCCGGAAAGUUCUAUUCAGCUCAGAUUAAGAAGGUCGCCGAGGUUCACUCCAAUUGACGCAUUCUCUGUCUCUGCCUCGCCGAACUCCUCGAAGCUCAGUGUGAUGGACCGGAAUACCCCCGGAAAGCUCCCAAAGCAGGUGCGGUUAACGCGUGCAAAUGGCCUGAGGAGAUCUCCGAGGAUCAAUCCGGACAAUGCAGCUGUUCAUACAGGCUUAGACCGUGAGGAUUCGGGCUCAUCCGGUAAAAUGAGCUCCGCGAAGGCUCUGAGCCGUUUGGGAAAGCCUCGGUGGACGAAGUCUGAUGAGAAGCUUUUGAGACGGUCUCCGAGAUUUUCAGCGCCGGCGAUUAUUUUUGGCCCUGAAAAUCACGCAACUAAAUCUAACUAUGACAUUCUUGAGUGGCAAAGAUGUAGAGGUCAAGAUUUACAAUUGAAUGGUGGCCUGUCAGACCUAAAAACAAUUGCAAUGGGGGAAAGGUUGUUGAGGAGAUCUCCAAGACUCUCAUCAACGCAAUCUGAAUGUGAAAAAUUAUGCCCAAAUAUAUCAUCACAGGAGUUGUUGAAGUCCCCUGAAACUGAAAAGGGCUACCUUGAAGAUGUGUUAAGCAAUAAAUCCAGUUUCCAUUUAGUUUCCUGCAGCAAGAAGGGUAAUAAGGGGAACGUAUCUCUUAAACAUGAUCAUUUAAAUUGCUCUGGUGCAAAGGACUUGCGGAAGUCCCCCAGACUUAGUCAACUAACAAGACAGGGUAGUGAGGCAUCUAUGGAAAACCUUGAUAGGAAAAUGUUGCGUGGGCUGACCUUUAGAAGAUCUCCAAGACUUUCAUCUUCUAGUGAGGAACAAACCUUGAACACCAUUCUGCAACAACAGGAAACCUCAAAAGUAGUUCAGCAAAAAAAGAGAAGCUUAAGUGCAAAAUGUGCUUCUAUCAAAUUGUCUAAUUCACCAAAUGAACAGCAUUCAAAAGCUGCUACCACCUCAGGGGAAACUAGUCUGACUCCUAGUAUUCCCAAUAAAAAUUGCAUGAGCUGGUUUUCAGAGUCAACCACGCCCACAUCUGAUGAUGUAAAUUGCAUGACAAAUUGUGACUCACUUGCCUUGCCUGAGUUAGGUGAAAACCCGUGGAGAAAAAAAUUGAGGUCCUCCGCUUCUUUAACAAUUAAAGGUGACGAUGACUGUAGCAUUGCUUCCUUCAUUGGUGAUCCAAUACCUGAUGAUGAAGCUCUCAAACUAUGGGGAUGGCGCUAUGAAUUGAAGGAUAAAGGAUUUAAAGGUAAAACAACCAAAAUAAAUGAGGAUGGAGAAGAUGAGACCAUCAUCAAUGUAGAACGCCAUUAUGCCCAGGCUAGAAUUGGGAAUUGCGUUUAUAGUCUUGGUGAUUGUGCAUUCAUAAAAGGUGAAGGUGAAAAAAACCAUGUUGGCAAGAUUGUUGAAUUUUUCCAGACAACAAAUGGAGAAAAUUAUUUCCGAGUCCAAUGGUUUUACAGAAUUGAAGAUACCGUUGUCCAAGGCCAAGGUGGUUUCCAUGACGAGAGACGCUUAUUCUAUUCAUCAGUAAUGAAUGAUAACUUGAUAGAUUGCCUUGUUGCAAAAGUCAAUGUUACAUACGUUAAACCCAGGGUUGGUUUGAAGUUGACUUCUGUUUUACCAUUUGACUUCUAUUAUGAUAUGGAGUAUUGCGUGGAUUACUCCACAUUUCGAUCCCUAUCAACAGACAGUGAUGCAAAGUGUGGUGAGGUACCAUCAGCUGUUGCUCGUGAGACUCUCACAAAAUUGACCUCUGCUACUGACAAGAGUAAUAUAUCUAGUUCUGAGUCAGACAAGGAAGAAUUAGCAUUACUAGAUCUUUUCUCUGGUUGUGGUGGUAUGUCAACUGGAUUGUGCUUGGGUGCCAAAGUUUCUUCAGUUAACCUUGUGACGAAAUGGGCUGUUGACAGUGAUGGUUCUGCCUGUGAAAGCUUGAAAUUAAAUCAUCCAGAAACACACGUGAGAAAUGAAUCUGCUGAGGAGUUUCUGGAACUAUUAAAGGAAUGGGAAAAGCUAUGCAAACGGUAUAAGGUCAAUGAUGCCGAAAGAACAGUUUUAUUACGAUCAACGAGAUCAGAAGAAAAGAUGCAAAGGGACUCUCAAGCUGAUAGUAUUCCUCCUGAUGAGUUAGAAGUUUCCAGGCUUGUUGAUAUAUGCUAUGGUGAUCCAAGUGAAACAGGAAAGAGGGGCCUGUAUUUUAAGGUACGCUGGAGGGGUUACAGCCCUAGUGAAGAUACAUGGGAACCCAUGGAAGGCUUGAGAAAUUGUCAGGAGAGCAUAAAGGAUUUUGUGAGAAAGGGAAUGGGAUUGAAAAUUUUGCCACUUCCUGGUGCUGUUGAUGUUAUUUGUGGGGGUCCUCCUUGUCAAGGAAUCAGUGGAUAUAACCGCUUUAGAAAUGCUACAUCACCGUUGGAUGAUGAAAGAAAUCAUCAGAUAGUAGUCUUCAUGGACAUAGUAGAAUUCUUGAAGCCAAAGUAUGUAUUGAUGGAGAAUGUUUCCGAUUUACUGAAAUUUGACAACGGUUCACUUGGAAGAUAUGCAUUAAGUCGCUUGGUACAUAUGAAUUAUCAAGCAAGACUUGGAUUAGUUGCUGCCGGAUGUUAUGGUCUUCCCCAAUUUCGAUUGCGUGUUUUUCUGUGGGGUGCUCAUCCUAGUGAGGUUUUACCCCAAUUUCCAUUGCCAACACAUGAAGUUAUUGUUAAAUAUUGGCCUCCACCAGAAUUUGAGCGCAAUACUGUUGCUUUGGAUGAAGGCCAACCUCGUGAGCUCGAAAAAGCUAUUGUUAUUCAAGAUGCCAUCUCUGAUCUUCCAGCUGUCACAUACUGUGAAAAUAGUGAAGAACUGCCCUACCAGAAUCCUCCGGCAACCGAAUUUCAAAGAUAUAUAAGGUCAUCUAAAUAUGAGAUGACUGGGUCGACAUUAGAUAGAAGAUCAGAUAAAACGCCUUUGCUUUAUGAUCACCGAUGCUGCCAUAUGGAUGAAGAUAACUACUUGCGUGUUUGUCAAAUUCCAAAAGUUAAGGGGGCAAAUUUCCGUGAUCUACCUGGUGUAGUGGUGGGAGCUGAUAAUGUGGCUAGGAGGGACCCAAAUGAGAAGCCUGUGCUCUUACCAUCUGGAAAGCCAUUGGUCCCAGAUUUUUGCUUCACUUUCGAACAAGGGAAAUCUAAGAGGCCAUUUUCACGAUUGUGGUGGGAUGAGACCAUUUCCACUGUCCUGACCUGCCCACAUUAUCGUGCCCAGACAAUAUUACAUCCUGAACAAGAUCGAGUGCUUUCUUUAAGAGAAUGUGCAAGGUUACAAGGUUUUCCUGAUUACUAUCAGUUCUGUGGGACUGUUAACAAGAGGUACUGUCAAGUCGGAAAUGCAGUUGCCAUUCCGGUGGCAAGGGCUUUGGGAUUUGCCCUGGGGAUGGCACACAGAAAGCUCAGCGGAGAUGAACCGCUUCUCACUCUCCCGCCCAAGUUCUCUCUCUCAAAUUAUAUUCAGUUGAAAAAUAGUCAGAAAUCAGGCAACACUGAUAAGCAUUCAUCCUAAUUCAUUUUCACUGAUGUUAAAACUUUUCUAACCUAUUCAUUUAAACCCUUUUUCCUUCUAGAGCUGCCUUGGCAAGUGCACUUUUAGCGGGAAAAAGUUUGACAACAUUCUCUUCACUUGUACUGCACCUGAGGCAUUAGCAUUUUUUUAAUUGUUUUUCAUCAUAUCGGAUGUUGUAAUAUAUUGGAUCCUUCUUUCAUUAAUGAUGUUACUUGUUCUUGCA